CGAGAGCGCAUAUCGAUUCUAGCGUGGUAAAGUAAUCGUCGGUUUUGCACCAGCGUCCUGUUAGUAACGUCUUUUCGUAUAAAACAACCAGUUAUUUGUAACAGUUAAUAUGGAAUCUGCUAUUGUGCAUCUUGAACAAAGUGUUCAAAAGGCUGACGGGAAACUAGAUAUGAUUGCGUGGCAAAUUGACGCCUUUGAGAAAGAAUUUGAAAAUCCGGACAGUGAGAUCUCUGUGCUUCGUCUAUUACGGUCUGUUCAUCAAGUUACAAAAGAUUAUGAAAACCUUCAUCGAGAAAUAUUGGAAGUUCAACAGUUACAAAAACAACUUUCAGAUUCUCUUAAAGCGCAAUUGUCUCAAGUUGUUGGGCAUUUUAAUUUGCUACGUAAUAAGAUUGUAGGACAACAUAAAAAUCCACAAUUAAAAUAAGAUUGGAACAUUUAGUAAUAUUUUCUUUUUACUAAUUUUUCAAAUUCAUUUCAUUUGCUUGUAUAAAUUCUAUUCAAAUCUUUAAAAAUAUA